ACAGAAUGCUUUCUUAGCUCCUUCCCCAGCUCAGGGACGUUUACUGGGGUUGAAGGUUUAUCUCUCAUGCCCCCAGCACGUUCUUCCCUAUGGUGAUUGGGACUGCACUUCCCAGCAUCCUCGGCGGGAAUGUGACGCCGUCAAAACAAGCUGCUUUGACGUCAUCGUCCAGCGCUGCACCUGUGGGACCAUACGCUCUACCUGCAGACAGCGAAGAGGGAAACAGGCCAACUGCGGACGAAGACUGGCCGGCCUGACGUGCCGAACCGAACCCUGGACCCUUGAACCCAUGACGGCAAGCGACAACCGGAUGUUGGACAGAGCUGACAAGACAGGUGGAGCCGGCUGCUGCGCCUGGGACCCGCGCUCCCCUGGAAGGCAGCGCAGCGCCGGAGCCGCAGGAGCAAUUCCUCCCCCCUUCUGCAGACCCCCCAGAACCAGAGCAGCCGGACACAACUGUUGUUCAAAAGCGACACUCUCCCCAACAGCCAAGAUCGCUGCUGAGACUUCACAAUGCAAUCGACCCGCCAUCAUACUCACCGCAGACAGGACAAAUAGAAACAAACGACAAACCACAAGUAACGCACACAACAUCCUGGCAAACAGGCUUGUAGAGGAGAAGCAGAGAUAGGCAGGCAGGCUAAAGCAGCUUAAAUAAGGCGCCAUGUAGAUGUUUGCCAAUUGGAUGCUUGAGGAAAUCAGACAGCAUGGCAGGCAGGAAGUCGGUGUGUUGUGGUGUUUCUGCUUUGGAGGCCACGCUGGCUGUCCUGUUCAUCAUCAUGACAGUCGUGUGUGUGACACUGAUCGCAGUGAUGGCUACCUGGAAAACACACACAGGUCCGGAGCCAGAACAUCAACACAAGCCUUACCUUAUCGGAGUGGGCCGGGCCGACUGCACCGGGCCGCCUGCUGAAAUCCCUCUGAUGGGUUAUGCAAACCCUCAGCAGACGGCCGCAGGCAUACACACUCGCCUGUACAGCCGAGCCUUCAUCAUUGACGACGGGAAGCAGAGGGUCGUGUUUGUUACCGCAGACGUUGGAAUGAUAUCACAGAGGCUACGACUGGAGGUACUAAAGGCGUUGCAGCUGAAAUACGGGAACCUGUACCGUCAGGACAAUGUGGUUCUGAGCGGUACUCACACACACUCUGGACUUGCUGGAUAUUUCCAGUACACUCUGUUUAUGAUCAGCAGUAAAGGUUAUAUUAAGACAUCCAUCAAGCCUCUGGUCAAUGGCAUCGUCAAGAGUAUAGACAUAGCCCAUGCUACCAUAAAGCCAGGCAGGAUUUACAGGAGCAGAGGAGAGCUGGAUGACAGCAGCCUGAACAGAAGUCCUCACUCCUACCUGAACAACCCAGAGGAUGAGAGACACAGGUACAAGUGGAACACGGAUAAACAGGUGUUGGUGCUAAAGUUCACUGAUCUGGACGGAGAUGGAAUCGGUAUGCUCAGCUGGUUCGCCGUCCAUGCCGUCAGCAUGAACUACACCAACCGCAUGGUGAGCAGUGAUAACAUGGGCUACGCCUCCUACCUGCUGGAGCAGGACAAGAACCCCGGGGAUCUACCUGGACAGGGAGGGUUUGUUGCUGGUUUCUCCUCCAGUAACCUCGGCGAUGUCAGUCCGAACAUUAAAGGACCUCACUGUGUGAACACCGGAUUGCCCUGUGACUACCUGAACAGCUCCUGUCCUGUGGGAGGGACUAAGAUGUGUAAAGCGUUCGGACCUGGAGACGACAUGUUCGAGAGCACGAGGAUCAUCGGACACAGCAUCUACAGGAAGGCCAAGGAGCUGUAUGCUACCGCUGUGGAGGAGGUGACGGGCUUAGUUCACUCUGCUCAUCAGUGGGUCAACAUGACGGAUGUCACAGUUCAGAUCAACGACACACACACGAUCAGUACAUGUAAACCAGCUCUGGGUCACAGUUUUGCAGCAGGAACAACAGAUGGAGGCGGAGACCUCAACUUCACUCAGGGCGCUGUGGAGGGCGACCCGUUCUGGGACGGGAUCCGAGAUGCACUCCUGGGCGAGCCGUCCAAUCAGACGCAGAAGUGUCAUCAUCCCAAACCGAUCCUGUUCAGCACAGGGGAGAUGAACUGGCCUCUGCCGUGGCAUCCUGAGAUUGUCGACGUUCAGAUUAUCACCAUCGGCUCCAUAGCUGUCGUAGCUGUUCCCGGAGAGAUGACCACCAUGUCAGGAAGGAGGUUGAGAGAAGCCGUCAAACAGGAGCUCGAGUCAGAGGGGGCGUUCAGGGACUCAGAGGUGGUCAUCGCUGGCCUGAGCAACGUGUACACUCACUACAUCACCACCUACGAAGAGUACCAGGUGCAGCGGUACGAAGGAGCCUCCACCAUCUACGGUCCGCACACGCUCAGUGCCUACCUGCAAAAGUACAGAGGGCUUGCCAGAGCCAUCGCACAGGACAGAGUGUCGGAGCUGCACGUCGGCCCGCAGCCUCCCUUCUUUGAGAAGAACCUCUUCAAUCUGCUGCCUGCGGCGACUGUUGACAGAAAGCCAGAGAACAGCAGCUUUGGAGAAGUCCUGCAGCAGGUUUAUCCUGUCUAUAGACAGGGUGAUGUUGUCUCUGUCACGUUCGUAGCAGGAAACCCCAGACAUUCUGGAGACAUCAGAGAUAAAACUUUUGUAACUGUGGAGAUUUAUGACAACAGAACAGACUCCUGGGAGGUCGUCUACAAUGAUGCGUCAUGGGAGACCAGGUUUCACUGGCUGAAGGGUUCGAACCGGCAGAGUAACUCCACAGUCGAGUGGCACAUUCCUCCAUCAGCCCCCAGCGGCUCCUACAGGAUCAGACACUUCGGACACUACAAGCAGAUGAAAGGUCUGCGACCCGUCAUUACACCGUACAAAGGCACAUCCGACGUCUUUAAAGUUGCCGCCAGCUUCUACUAUCAGUGAAAUCACCAAGAUCAUCACCAUAAAGAAAGGACUUUAUGUGACAACUCUGGUGUUUCCUAAAACUGUUUUACAAUCAUCCUACUGUAAUAAAACAACUGUCAUCCUU